UUCACUCUCACCAACGUCCCAAUCUCUCUUGAUAUCCAUCUAAACUCUUUUGCGAACUUCAAUUGAGACUUUGGGAUAAGAUGGCGGGACCAGUCACGCUUGAAUAUACGGGCAAGAUUGCCAUUAUCACGAUCGAUAAUGUGGAGAAGUUGAAUGCUUUAGAUCAAGAUGGUUAUUACCUGAUUGCUAAGUUCUUGAGAGAGGUUUCUGAGCAUGAGGAGGUGUUUGUUACAGUAUUGACUGGGAAAGGACGAUAUUUCUCAGCCGGCGCCGAUGUAUCCAUCUCCAGGUCGCAACCGGAAGGAACGGAUCUCGCGCGUCACUGGCUCCGCAACUUCGUCGCCAACAACCUCAAUAUCACACACGCCUUCUACACCCACCCCAAGAUCCUCGUCACAGCUCUCAACGGCCCCGCAAUCGGUCUAUCCGCCGCCCUCAUCGCCUUCUCAGAUUUCAUCUACUGCGUCCCUCACACCUUCCUCCUAACGCCAUUCUCUUCACUCGGACUCGUCGCGGAAGGCGGCGCCUCACGAGCAUUCGUCCAACGCCUUGGGAUCAGCAAAGCGAACGAAGCGCUCAUCAUGAGCAAGCGCAUCACAUCCGAAGAACUCCUCCAGGUGGGAUUUGUGAACAAGAUUUUCGAUUGUGGGAGAGGAGAAGAGGAGAAGUUUCAGCGGUUGGUGUUUGAGGAGAUUGAGAAUCGACUGGGGGAUCAUUUGAUUGGUGAUAGUUUGACGAAGAUUAAGGCGUUGAUUCGCAAGCCGGAGAGAGAUGUGUUGGAUGCGCAGGGGGUGGCGGAGGUUUUUGCUGGGUUGGAGAGAUUUAACGCGGGAAUUCCACAGGAGGAGUUCAGGAAGAUUGCGAGUGGGGAGAAGAGGCAUAAACUGUGAGGUACUUAGACUGGUAUGACAAAAAGAAAUCCGGGAUUCGUUCGCACCUUCAGCGUGUUAUCGCUCAAGACAGCAGAGGCUCCGUAUGACAGACUCCACGUCCCUAAUUCCCGAAGCCCCUCAAAUGUCCC